CCCUCAUAAGCCCCUCCCCGAGGCGCUCGCGGAGGGCUCGGCAGCCAGCGACCGAGCGGGGUCCGGCCCGAGCUGGGCCUGGGGUGCGACGCCGAGGGUGGGGAGCGCGCGCCGCUGCUCCGGGACCCGGCCGCGCGCGCCGCCUCAGGAGCCGCCACCGCGGGAGCAGGGCAGCAGCAGCCUCUGCCACUGGAGCUGCGAGGUGUGGAGUCCAGGCAGCCACAGCCAUGGGGUCUGAGGACCACGGGGCCCAGAACCCCAGUUGCAAAAUCAUGACUUUUCGCCCAACUAUGGAAGAAUUUAAGGACUUCAAUAAGUAUGUGGCCUACAUCGAAUCGCAGGGAGCCCACCGCGCAGGCCUGGCCAAGAUCAUCCCCCCAAAGGAGUGGAAGCCCCGGCAGACGUACGAUGACAUCGACGACGUGGUCAUCCCGGCCCCCAUCCAGCAGGUGGUGACCGGCCAGUCGGGGCUCUUCACGCAGUACAACAUCCAGAAGAAGGCGAUGACCGUGGGCGAGUACCGGCGGCUGGCCAACAGCGAGAAGUACUGCACCCCGCGGCACCAGGACUUCGACGACCUGGAGCGCAAGUACUGGAAGAACCUCACCUUCGUGUCCCCCAUCUACGGGGCCGACAUCAGCGGCUCCCUGUACGACGACGACGUGUCGCAGUGGAACAUCGGCAGCCUGCGGACCAUCCUGGACAUGGUGGAGCGGGAGUGCGGCACCAUCAUCGAGGGCGUGAACACGCCCUACCUGUACUUUGGCAUGUGGAAGACCACGUUUGCCUGGCACACGGAGGACAUGGACCUCUACAGCAUCAACUACCUGCACUUCGGGGAGCCCAAGUCCUGGUACGCCAUCCCGCCCGAGCACGGCAAGCGCCUGGAGCGGCUGGCCAUCGGCUUCUUCCCUGGGAGCUCGCAGGGCUGUGACGCCUUCCUGCGCCACAAGAUGACGCUCAUUUCUCCCAUCAUCCUGAAGAAGUACGGGAUCCCCUUCAGCAGGAUCACGCAGGAGGCCGGGGAGUUCAUGAUCACCUUCCCCUACGGGUACCACGCCGGCUUCAACCACGGCUUCAACUGUGCAGAAUCCACCAACUUCGCCACCCUGCGGUGGAUUGAUUACGGCAAAGUGGCCACACAGUGCACCUGCCGUAAGGACAUGGUGAAGAUCUCCAUGGACGUGUUCGUGCGCAUCCUGCAGCCCGAGCGCUACGAGCUGUGGAAGCAGGGCAAGGACCUCCCGGUGCUGGACCACACGCGGCCCACGGCCCUCAGCAGCCCCGAGCUCAGCUCCUGGAGCGCCUCGAGAGCCUCGCUCAAGGCCAAGCUUCUGCGCAGACAAAUUAGUCUGAAGGAAGGCAGACCCUGGAGAAAGGCUGAGGAGGAGAGGAAACCCAGUCUAGAGAGGAGGAAAGAGCAGACCAAAAAGCCCGGGCUGGCGUCCCACCGGAAGCGCUGCCAGCCCAAGAGGCCCAAGCCGGAAGACCUCAGAUGUCCAGGUGAGGGGGCAGCCGGGGUGGCCCUCCUGGAGGAGGCCGCGGGCUGCGCCAAGGAGGACACCGCGCCUGACGCCGACCCCGACGAGGAGGAUGAGGAGCCGGCGCAGGGCCAGGACGGCGAGGGGGCGGAGGAGGACAGCAGGGGCAAGCCGCGGCCAGCCAAGCCCAAGGGCGAGCGGAAGAAGAGGAGUCCCGGCCCCUUCUGCCCGCAGCUGCCGCCCCAGCCCCCACCUGCGCCGUUCCCCACCGAGGAGCCCCCGAGGCUGCUGCCCCCCCUGGAGCUCCCGGCUGCCGAGGAGGGUCCCCCGCCUGCACCCCUCAACGUGGUGCCCCCUGAAGUGCCCGGUGAGGAGCAGGAGGCCAAGCCGCGGCCCAUCAUCCCCAUGCUCUACGUGCUGCCCCGGGCGUCUGAGCGCGACCACGGGCUCCCGCAGGCCACCCCCAUGGAGCUGGCGGGGCCCGAGGACGAGGCCAAGGCCCGCGGCGGCGAGGUGCAGGUCCCGUCCACCUUCUCCAAGCUAAAGAUGGAGAUCAAGAGGAGCCGGCGCCACCCCCUGGGCCGGCCUCCCGCCAGGUCCCCACUGUCGGUGGUCAAGCAGGAGGCCUCCAGCGACGAGGAGGCCUUGCCCUUCCCGGGCACAGGGGAGGACACGCGCGACCCCGAGGCCCUGCGGUCGCUGCUGUCUCUGCAGCGGAAGAACAAGACGGCCGGCUUCCAGGCCGAGCGCAAGUUCAACGCGGCGGCUGCCCUGGCCGAGCCCCACUGCGCCAUCUGCAGCCUCUUCUACCCCUACAGCCAGUCCCUGCAGGUAGAGAAGGAGAGGCCCUUGGCCUCCGUCCUCGAGGGCCCCUCAGCCCCGCCACCCUCCAAGUGCGGCCAGAGGACGCGACCGCUCAUCCCCGAGAUGUGCUUCACCUCCAGCGGGGAGAACACCGAGCCGCUGCCCGCCAACUCCUGUGUGGGUGACGAUGGCACCAGCCCACUGAUCGCCUGUGCCAAGUGCUGCCUGCAGGUCCACGCCAGCUGCUACGGCGUGCGCCCGGAGCUGGUCAAGGAAGGCUGGACGUGUUCCCGGUGCGCAGCGCACGCCUGGACAGCGGAGUGCUGCCUGUGCAACCUCCGGGGCGGCGCGCUGCAGACAACCACCGACCGGAGGUGGAUCCACAUCAUCUGCGCCAUCGCGGUCCCCGAGGUGCGGUUCCUGAACGUGAUCGAGCGCCACCCGGUGGACAUCAGCGGCAUCCCCGAGCAGCGGUGGAAGCUGAAGUGCGUGUACUGCCGCAAGCGGAUGAAGCGGGUGUCUGGGGCCUGCGUCCAGUGCUCCUCCGAGCGCUGCUCCACCUCCUUCCACGUGACCUGCGCGCGCGCUGCCGGGGUACUGCUGGAGCCCGACGACUGGCCCUACGCCGUGGCCAUCACCUGCCUCAAGCACCGGGCCGGCGGCCACGCCGUGAGUGUCCCCGCCCCGCCCCGCCCCGCCCUGCCCGCCUCCCGUGCCGCGUCGCGUGCCGCUGACCUCCGCUGCCCACCCCUGCAGGCGCAGGCGCUCCGGGCGGUGGCCCUCGGCCAGGUGGUCAUCACCAAGAACCGCAACGGCCUCUACUACCGCUGCCGGGUCAUCGGCACCACCACGCAGGUCUUCUACGAGGUGAACUUCGAUGACGGCUCCUACAGCGACAACCUGUACCCCGAGAGCAUCACGAGCAGAGACUGCGUGCGGCUGGGGGCCCCGGCCGAGGGCGAGCUCGUGGAGCUGCGGUGGACGGACGGCAACAUCUACAAGGCCAGGUUCAUCUCCUCCGUGACCAGCCACAUCUACCAGGUGGAGUUCGAGGACGGGUCCCAGCUGACCGUGAAGCGCAGUGACAUCUUCACCCUGGAGGAGGAGCUGCCCAAGAGGGUGCGGUCCCGGCUGUCGCUGAGCACAGGGGCUCCCCAGGAAGCCGCCUUCGCGGGUGAGGAGGUGAAGGCUGCCAAGCGCCCGCGGGUGGGCGCCCCGCUGGCCACCGCCGCCCCUGCCACCCAGGACUCAGGGCACAGCCCAGACUGCCCUGCCUUCGCCGAGAGCCUGCUGCCGGCGCAGGUGCAGGCCCGGCCCGGGGCGCCCUUCUAGGACGCGGCUCCGGCCUCCUCCGCCCCUCGGGGCAGGCGCCAUCAGGGUCUCCUGGGCCGAGGCCGCUCGCGCCUCGGGCGCCCCCUGCCGGGGGGCAGGAGCAAGGACAGCGCGGCCUGGACUCAGGGAGCAGGGCCCCAGGCCCGCCGCCCGCACCUCCGAUCAGACCCGCGGCCUGUCCCCCUCACGGUGCUACCGCCCUGCCCACCGAGCAGCCUCAGGACGGGCUGUGUGCACAGCCGCCUUUGUGAAGUUCUUUCUAUAAAUACGACGUAUUGUUUAAAAAAUCAAGAAACACGGAAACGGCAGCAGAAGCCCCCAAAGUUGUUUUUUCUCUUCUAGAUUUGUGGCUUUAAAACCAAUGCAUUUUUUUCCUGCAGCCCUGAGGUGCCGGGGAUGAGGUCCCCAAGUCACUGUCUGUGUUUGUUUAAGAGCCCAUCUGCAGCCGGGCGCGGUGGCGCACGCCUGUCAUCCCAGCACUCGGGAGGCCAAGGCAGGAGGAUCAGUGCAAGUUCGAGGUCAGCCGGGGCCACCAAGUGAGCUCAAGGCCGGCCUGGACCGCACCGGGAGGCCCUGCCUCAGAAAGACAAAAACAAAACCCCACCGGCCGCUGAGCAGGCCAAGGGGAGCCCUGUGCCACCGUGUCCAAGAGACUCGGAAACCUGGGGACCAGAGGGGCAGGGCGCUGGACAGCGGCCACGGCCACCUCGCUGCCACCCAGUUCCCGCUGCUGCCUACCUGUGGGUGCCUGUGCCCGCGCCCUGCACGGUGGUGGUCCCCAGGGCCGCCCUGGCCUGUGCAGACCUUUGCAAAUGGACGGCCCCGGUCGCCCCAUUUCUGUUCCUGCCGUCUCUCCCUGGCCGAGCGCGUGACGGGUGACUGUGUACGUGGCCGGGCCCCGCGCCCUGUCAGUGUGGCGGCAUCAGGUCCCAGGAGGACAGGACACAGGUCGGCUGGCCCCGGAGGCGCCCAGGUCUGUGUGCGCCAGACACAGACGCAGCUCACUGUCCGGAACCCUGUGCUCGCCUGUGUCGUCGUGGUGACCUGGGAGGCCGUGUCGGAGAGAAGGCGGGAGCCCCGGACGGCACCGAGCGCCCCAAGAGCCGGGUGGAGGCCCCGGGGUGGCGCCCGCCCUUGGCCUGCUCGGGGACGGGGGACCAGGGGACGCCGGCCGGCCCGUGUAAGGAGCGCUCGCCUCGUGGCCGGUGGCCGCUGGGAGGAGAGGACUGCAGCCCCGGCGGGUGCCCGCCGAGCUGUCCGUGCAUGCAGCCACUGCCCGCAUGGAGCCGUCGCUGCCCCGUGUGUCCGGAACGCUAUUUAUAUUGUGAGGGAAGAGGCGGGCAGCGCAGCUUCCCGGAGACCCGCUGUGCCCUGACCGUGUGGACAGGACGGUCCCCGUCCCUGCCUGGGACGGACAGACGGACGCGCUGCAUCUUUGCCCAACCUUCCUGCCUCGAGGUCCACGAUAAAUUAAAGGCUCUGAGCACUGCA